GUUGGUACAGCUGCAAAAGUUUGCCUAGUACAGAAAUAGCCGUCACAUAAGCCGGAAAAUCUCUCUUCAAAAUAAUGAAUGGAAAUAUCAGCAUCUCUAAUGGGACAACAUCCGUCUCGCAACAAUGUCACCGAGACACGAGGAUAGCACAUGUGGUGUUCCCCAUCUUGUACAGCAUUCUUUUCCUGGCUGGGAUUCUACUGAACAUUCUGGCUCUUUGGGCUUUUUUCCAAAUACAAAACACAUCAAGCUUCAUUGUGUAUCUAAAGAACACUUUGGUUUCUGAUCUCAUAAUGACACUUAUGGUGCCUUUGAAGAUUCUAACAGAUUCAGAUCUGGGACUGUGGCAACUUAGAGCUUUUGUUUGCCGUUUUUCAGCUGUAAUAUUUUAUGAGACCAUGUACAUAAGCAUCGUGCUGCUCGGACUUAUUUCUUUAGACAGGUUUCUCAAGAUCAUUCGGCCAUUUGGGAAAUUUUGGUUGCAUAAUGUCACUUCAGCAAAAAUUAUGUCAGCAUUUGUCUGGUUCUUCUUUUUUGGCCUCUCCUUGCCAAAUAUGAUAUUGUCAAACCGUGAAGCUACACCUCUUUCUGUAAGGAAGUGUGCCUCGUUGAAAAACCACUUGGGACUGAAAUGGCAUGAAGCUGUCAACUACAUUUGCCAGGUUGUCUUCUGGACUGUGCUGAUCUUAAUUCUCCUCUUCUAUACGAUUAUUGCUAAAAAGAUCUAUGACUCUUACAAAAAAAGUAAGACAAAAGUGUGUCAAAUUAAGCAGAGAGCCAAGAGCAAAGUAUUUAUAGUUGUGGCUGUUUUUUUCAUCUGCUUUGUACCUUUUCAUUUUGCCCGAGUACCUUACACUCUUAGCCAGACUGGAAAAAGUAUUGACUGCAACAAACAGAACCAAUUAUUCAUAGCGAAAGAAAGCACUCUUUGGUUAGCAACUGCAAAUAUAUGUAUGGACCCUCUGAUAUACAUAUUCUUGUGCAGACAGUUUGUAGAAAAAGCUUUCUGCAUUAAACUACAUAGAUCUAAGUCUGCAAUUCAAGAAAAUCAAACUAUUGCACUGGACACUGGAAUAUCUACAUAGAUUUUUGUGUUGAGCAUUUGUUUGCUUUUUAAUUCUGAGAUUUGCAUGACUAUUAGAUAUAUUUUAAUUUCAAUGGACUUUUGAUCAAUGAAGUUCAGUUCUGAAUUACUGUCAUUUUAGAUGUGGUAAUGAGUCAUCUAAAUUUCACUUCUCAAUUUCUAGUCACUUUAAUUGGUUAUCUUCUGUGAAGAUGGCAUUGGUUUUCCUAAAAGAUAGAUGUUAAGAGACUUGAAAACUGAUUCACAACCUGUGACAGAUUCAGCAUUUCAGAUUAGCAUUCAGCCAUUAUUUCAGCCCUCUUAUCUGAGCUAUUUCUUUCACCUUUUCUUAUAGGAAAAACAGUAUAUACCUGAUCAUUCUGUAUUGGUACUACAGAUGUAUAUUAUUUUUCAUUAUUUUUACUGGCUGUA